GCGGCCACGCCCCUCCCCGGUUGCCUGGCGAAGCCUGAGGCCUGGCCGGGGCCUGCUCGCCCGUCGCCGCGAUGCCGCACGGCUUCAAAGCCGGAGACUUGGUGUUCGCCAAGAUGAAAGGCUACCCGCACUGGCCGGCCCGGAUCGACGACAUCAUUGAUGGGGCCGUGAAGCCUCCUCCUAACAAGUACCCUAUAUUCUUUUUCGGAACCCACGAGACGGCGUUUUUGGGGCCCAAGGACCUCUUCCCUUACGAGAAGUACAAGGACAAAUACGGGAAGCCCAACAAACGGAAAGGUUUCAAUGAAGGAUUGUGGGAAAUCCAGAACAACCCUCACGCCAGCUACAGUGCGCCUCCGCCACCGAGCUCCUCAGACAGCGAAGUUGGGGACAUCGACCCCGUCGGAGGCGGGGGAGGAGGAAGCGACGUCCCUGGAGAGGAAGGCCCGACCCCAACCGCAGGUGCCGGCGGAGCAGGGAUGACGGUGGAGAAAGCGGAGAGCGAAGAGUCGGACAAAGGAAGCGAUCACAGCAGCAUGAAAAGGAAAUCGUUAGCCGCGAAAAUGCCGGUCGCGAAACGACCCAGGAAAUCUUCAAGUGACCUUGAGCAAGCCAGCCCCUCUGCGACGGAGGAGGAAAACUCAGAAAGCUCUUCUGAAUCGGAGAAAUACAGUGACCAGGACUUCACUCCAGAGAAAAAAACACCUGCCAGAGCUACACGACGGGCACCUGCCGGAGGGUGGAAGAAAAAGCAGAAAAUCGAAUCGGCCUCCGACUCGGAGAGCAAGGCAGACUCCGAGGAGGAGGAGGAAGAGGAGGAGGAGGAGGAGGACAACAACCGCGAGGGCAACCGGCCACUCACUCCCAAGUCCGAGUCUGACUCCAACUCAGAUGAAUCCGUCAAGAAGCCCCCCCGCGGCAGGAAGCCAGCUGCAGAAAAGCCGCCUCCCAAGCCCCGGGGCCGGAAACCUAAACUCGAGCGACUUCCCAGCACCUCCAGCAGCGACAGCGACAGCGACGUGGAUCGCAUCAGCGAGUGGAAACGGCGGGACGAGGAGCGCCGGCGAGAACUGGAGGAGAAGCGGAAGCGCGAGCAGGAGCAGGAGCUGCGCCGGUUGCGGGAACAGGAGCGGGAGGAGAAGGAGCGGAAGCGGGAGAAAGCCGAGAAGGAGGCGGAGGGCGCGGAGAGCGACAGCAGCGCGGACAGCGAAACCCCCAGGAGGAGCAAGAAGGGGCAGCUUAAGGCAGCCCCCUCUUCUUCGGACUCGGAGGCAGAGAAAGAGGUGAAAAAGAAAAGGCAGCCAUCCACAGACCAUUUGAAGAAAUCAAGCCAAAAGGAGAAACGAGGCCACGGGGAUGAGAAGGCACGGAACAGGUCUCUAAAAUCCGAACGAGGCAGGAAAAAGCCUGAUCUGCCGGAAAGAAAAGUGGAGAAGAAAAAAGAGCCAACAGUGGAAGAGAAGCUCCAAAAAUUGCACAGCGAGAUCAAGUUUGCCCUCAAAGUGGACAAUCCGGACAUCAAGAGGUGUUUGAGUGCGUUAGAAGAGCUGGGCAGCUUGCAAGUCACUUCACAGAUCCUGCAGAAGCACACCGACGUGGUGGCUACGCUGAAAAAGAUUCGACGUUACAAAGCGAACAAGGAUGUGAUGGGGAAAGCCGCCGAAGUCUACACGUGCCUGAAAUCUCGCGUCCUGGGCCCAAAAACUGGGCCCAACCAGAAGGUGCACAGAGCUGAGGUGGAGAAGGAGAAGGAGGAAGGGGACAAAGAGAAGGAGAAAUUGCCAGCGGGAGAAACGGAGAACGAGCAGAGAGAGGAGGAGGAGGAGAACGCUGAUCUCCCGGCGCCUGUGAACGGGGAAUCAGCCAGCCAGAAAGGUGAAGCGGGGACGGAGGAUAAAGGCCAAGGGGAAGACUGGACUUCGGGAGAUGGCAAGAGGGGGACGUCGCCCGAGGACACCCACAACAAAGCGCAAGACUAUCCCGAGACAGACCAGGCGGGGACGGAGCGAAGCGCAGUCCAGCCCGAGUCGGACUCGGCGGAUGAAGACGACGAGAGUUGAAAGCGGCCGAAAGGGGCCCCUCCACCCACCCCCCCCCCCCCCCCCCCCCCCCAGGGAAAUGGGCGCCUUCCCCCCCCCCCGGAUUGUUGCGAUGCCCGGCGUUUCCGUGAUGCUUCUCAAAAGCCGCGCAGUAGAUGGCGUUCUAGGUCAUGUCCUUCCUGAGAACUCUUCCCCCCACCCCUC